AAUAUAUGAUCUAAAACUGCUUUUGAACGUUGCCUUCAUAUAUGUUUCGUCACAAACGAGAUCGAGGCGACCUAACAGCAAGCGCGAGCGUCGCGUUUACAUGCUGAACUCUUGUCUAUCAAGUACGAGGGUGAUAAGGAAAGUGUUUUGGAAAUUGGAGUAAGAAUAUCUAGUGGAGGCUACUAGGUCGUUAUGGUAAGAACGGGAUCUUUUUCAAAGCAUCAUCGAUUCAGUUACUAGUUUGUAGUGCUAUGUAGCGAUUAUAAUGCCAGAGAGUUCAAAUAUAUUGAAAAUACUCCAAGAAAGGAGUUCAAGUAAAUCUGAAAAAAAGUGAAACGCAACACAUAAGUUGCCGUCCCGAGUUAAAACUAAAAGUAAAACUCGACUUGGUCUUAAAAUACUGUUGCAGUGUCAGUGUCAAUUCAGAAAGUCAAAAAAAGCAUUAAGCUAAUUUGGAAAGCGAUUGUCCAUGGUGGCUGCUCUGCUCUUAGGCAAACUCUUCUUUUUCUGCUCCGCUCUUCGAUGCCAAUGGCCUCUAAUACAGCUGUGCUACACUCUAACACUUUGCCUAAGCUUUGGCUGGUACUUCUGAGUCUGUUUGUGCAUAUAACGUUUUUCAGGCUUUCUUUUGCUGAGAUUCGUGAGAAUGACAUCUACACGGACCAGUUUGUUAUUCUUGUUAGCGGUGGACCCCAAGUGGCUCAAGAGCUUGCUAGAAAACAUGGCUUUGUUUACUUGGGACAGAUACUCAAAGACUAUUAUCAUUUAAGGCACCACAGUAUAGCCAAAAGAUCUAUGGAGCAAAAUGAAUUUCAUCACAAAAGACUUCGAGAGGAAAAACAGAUUAAGUGGUUUGCUCAGCAAAAGUUGAAACGGAGAGUCAAAAGAGAUUUCAAACCAUAUCGACUCACUGUAGCAGAAAAGCUGAAUGAUCCAAGAUGGCCACAGAUGUGGUAUCUGAACCGAGGACAAGGUCUAGAUAUGAAUGUACAACCAGCAUGGAAGAUGGGAGCUACAGGGAAAGGUGUGGUGGUGACAAUUUUGGACGAUGGCUUAGAAAAAGACCACCCUGACCUUAUUCAUAACUAUGAUCCAAGAGCCAGCUAUGAUGUUAAUGAUGAUGAUUCAGACCCCCAACCUCGCUAUGAUCUCUUAGACUCCAAUAGGCAUGGAACCAGAUGUGCAGGAGAAGUGGCUGCAGCACAUAACAACAGUAUUUGUACAGUUGGUGUGGCUUUUGAGGCAAGUGUUGGAGGUGUGAGGAUGUUGGAUGGUGAAGUUACAGAUGCAGUAGAAGCUCAUUCUCUAAGUCUGUUUAACCAGUACAUAGACAUUUACAGUGCUUCUUGGGGACCUGAUGAUGAUGGAAAAACAGUGGAUGGCCCAGGACAUUUGGCAACCCUGGCUUUUAAAGAGGGAAUAAUAAAGGGAAGAGGUGGGCUUGGUUCCAUUUUUGUGUGGGCUUCUGGUAAUGGUGGCCGUGACCAUGACAACUGUAACUGUGAUGGAUAUACAAACUCCAUUUGGACAUUGUCAAUAAGCAGUACUACUGAAAAUGGGCAAGUACCUUGGUACAGUGAAGCAUGCUCUUCCACACUGGCAACAACUUAUAGUAGUGGAUCUUCUGGAGACAAGCAAAUUGUCACAACUGAUCUCCAUCACACUUGUACCUCUGGUCAUACGGGUACAUCUGCGUCAGCUCCACUAGCAGCAGGCAUAUGUUCACUUGCCUUACAUGCUAAUAACCAACUUUCUUGGCGAGAUAUGCAGCACAUCGUGGUGAGGACAGCUCGCAUGGCAAACUUGAAAGCUCCAGACUGGAAGAUCAAUGGAGUUGGAAGAAAUGUAAGUCAUUCCUUUGGGUUUGGACUCAUGGAUGCAGCGGCAAUGGUGAAGCUUGCCAGGAAGUGGAAACCUAUUCCACCUCAGAAAACCUGUACUUUUCAUGCCCAUCCCAUGAGCAAGUUAAUUCCAGCCCAGAGCCAUGUAGAGUUAAGCUUAACUGUUCAUUGUGACGAAAUCCAAUACCUUGAACAUGUGCAAGCUAUAAUAACUCUUUCUGCAAUACGUCGAGGAGACAUUCAUAUUUACUUAACAUCUCCGCUAGGAACAAGGUCAACUCUAGUUGCCCAAAGAUCCAAUGAUAAUUCUAGAUCAGGGUUCCAUAAGUGGCCUUUCAUGACAGUUCACAGCUGGGGAGAAAGCCCCUCAGGAGUCUGGAAGCUGGAGGUGCACAACGAAGGUCGCUACUAUGCUCCUGUUGGGUUGUCACAUGACAUGAGUGGUAAGUGAAGCAGUGUGUCACUUGCUAUACUAACACAGGAGUA